AUGAUGUUGUUGCGGUGGGGGCGACCUCUGUCCAGGGCGUGGCGGCGGGCUGACGGGCUGCGGACGUUCUGCACGGCUGACGAGGACAAGUAUCUGGAGCUCAAGCAGCUGAAGGACAUCAAGAGCGACGAGUUCUACGAGUUGCAAGGCCAGAAGCGAAGAUACUUUUACUAUGUGGACUUGCAGGGACGUUUGUUCCUGGAAGACACACGUCCGAAGAAUAUCGCGACGUCACUGAAGAGUGCCAAGUUCCUGCGGUUCUUCUUCUCGCAAGCGCAGCCGAACACCGUCGCAAAAUGCAGAUCAGAGGAGGAGCACGAGUUCUUGGAGUAUCCGUUCCGGUCGCCGUGCGGCAAGGAGAUGAACUUCAUCAAGUGCGCAGACCGCCCGUUCGUGUUCGAGGAUCUCCGACGGGAUGACAGCGACAAGUGGACGCUCAUGUUCGGAGGUGGGGAGCUCACGAUGCCCUUCGUGCCGGAAUCGCUGCGGAUCUCCCUCUCGACGGGGAGACUGUAUCACGACGUGAAAACCAAGCACGUUGUGCCUGGAACCCCCGAAGGAAUCGCACUCGUGAGGUCGCAGCUCGCCGUGGAGCUGGGCAAACACAUGGACGUGCACGACUUCCCAGACGACAUCGAGGACAUUAACGCGCUGGUCAUCGGCGAGUUCAAGUGGGAAGAUGAGCGCUACGCCAUCCACGCCAUCGAAUAG